AUGAGCUUAAUCCGAACAUCAGUAAGACAGUUUUUACAUACAAGAGGUUUUCUUCGUUUUUCAUCUAGAGGGUAUGCUAAAGAAGUUUCAACGGACAAAAUUUGUUUGACGUUUUCUCUUCCGCAUAAUGUUCUUUAUAAUGCUCAAAAUGUAACACAGGUGAAUAUACCUGCGACAUCUGGGAAUAUGGGUAUUCUUGCAUUACAUGUUCCUUCCAUUGAACAACUUCGACCUGGUAUUGUUGAUGUAAUUGAAGAAAAUGGCAUAUCUAAUAAAUUUUUUGUUUCUGGCGGUUUUGCUAUUGUGCAGCCUGGGUCUAGUUUAUGUAUUAAUGCUAUUGAGGCUUAUUCAUUAGAUGACUUUAGUUUGGAAACGGUAUCUGAGAAACUUCAAGAGGCUCAAAAGAUUGUUUCUGGAAAUGGAAGUGAAGAAGAUAUUGCUGAAGCAAAAAUUCAAAUAGAAGUACUAGAAAGUUUACGAGAAUCUUUAAAAUAG